UCAGUAUGAGGAUGUGUGUGAGCAGAAGUGCUGGCUGGAAGAUGUGAAGUGUGGAUUUGUAAAGCUGCUGUCGGUGAGGCUGAAGAACACGCAUGGACUAAACGGACAGAACUAAACACUUCACAAUAUGAAGACGCGAACGCGUCAUGGGAUCAUAUUGAUUGGUGUUGUAAGCGUGCUUACAAGCUUAUUGUUCCUGUACAACAGCAGUUUUACUGACACACCAGAAGAUCAGAUGCAGUCAGAUGGACAUCAGAUGGACAUUCUACAACAGCAAACAUCCCACUUAGAAGGUUACAGCAGCAUCAUUGAUCAUAAGCCUCUUAGGAUGCAAUGCAAAAGCUGUGCCUUAGUGACUAGCUCUGGUCACAUGACUGGAAGUGGUCGAGGUGGGGAGAUUGACCGCAAGGAGUGCGUCAUCCGUAUGAAUGAUGCCCCAACACAAGGCUACCAGAGGGACGUGGGCCAGCGAACGAGUUUGCGUGUGGUCGCGCACUCCAGCAUGCAACGUGUGCUACGAAACCGCCUUGAGCUACUCAACUCCAGCCAGAACACCUUCUUUAUCUUCUGGGGGCCUGGAAACUACAUGCGACAAGACGGUAAAGGCCUUGUCUACAACAACCUGCAUCUGCUGAAGCAGAUGAUGCCUAAACUACAGGUAUACGUCAUCUCGAGGUUAAAGAUGCUGCAUUUUGAUGAGCUCUUUAAGAAGGAAACAGGGAAAGAUAGAAAAAGGUCCAAUUCAUGGCUCAGCACGGGUUGGUUCACUAUGGCGAUUGCUGUGGAGAUUUGUGACAGAAUCGACGUCUAUGGCAUGAUUCCUCCUGAGUUCUGCAAGUCGCCUAAACUCGAGCUGUCAGUGCCGUAUCACUACUACGAGCCUGCGGGGCCAGAUGAAUGUAAAAUGUAUCUCUCCCACGAGCAGGGCCGGCACGGCAGCCACCAUCGGUUCAUCACUGAGAAACGUGUCUUUGCCAACUGGGCACGUAUGUUCAACAUACACUUCUAUCAACCAGACUGGAGACCGGCACCUGUUACAAAAAACAGCACAGACUCCUGAGGUUCAAACACUGGGGUGUUUCUCGGACUCAGAACCUCUGUGUCCUUUUGAGGACAAAACGUGAACAUUUGAACUGGAACACAUUAUGAAUGAAAGUUUUCAAUGAUGUUCUUUGUAGAGGAUUGAAA